GACCAGUCCGUGAACAUGAAGUACAUCAUCAGCAUCGACGGCGUAACCAAUGGAGGGAAAAUCACACUCACCAACUGCUUGAUCAAGAACCUGCCCAACUGCUGCGUGGUCCAUCAGGAUGACUUCUUCAAGCCCCAAGAUCAGAUUGAAGUUGGUGAAGAUGGCUUUAAGCAGUACGAUGUCAUCACUGCUCUGGACAUGGACGCCGUGAUGAGUACCAUCUACGCGUGGCUGGAGAACCCGGUGAAGUUUUAGAAGUCUCAUGGUAUUAA